ACCCGCUCGUUGUGGAGCUCUCCGAUCGUGCGAUCGCGAGUUAUUUUGCUUAGUAAUUAGCACUGUGGUUGUAAUCGAAGACGGUAAUCGAGAUGGCCAUUGUGGGCCUCACGUUGUUGAUACUUUUUGUGUUCGGAAUCACGGGCGGGGAUUCCAAGCGAUCUUCCCGACCGAAUAUUAUCAUCAUAAUUGCCGAUGAUUUGGGGUGGAAUGACGUGAGUUUCCAUGGAUCGUUGCAAAUUCCCACGCCCAAUUUGGACGCACUGGCGUACAGUGGAAUUAUGCUGAAUCGACACUACACGCCACCACUUUGUACUCCCUCGAGGGCUUCCCUGAUGACAGGCAAGCAUCCAAUCAACAUCGGCAUGCAGCAUCACGUGAUUGAGUCCGAUCAGCCUUGGGGUUUGGGUCUGGAUCAGAAGCUAAUGCCGCAAUAUUUCCAAGAGGCUGGCUACAAGACCCGCCUGGUCGGGAAAUGGCAUCUCGGAUUCUUCCAAAAGGCUUACACACCGACGCAGCGAGGAUUCGAAAGUCACUUCGGAUACGUUGGACCGUACAUCGACUAUUGGGAUCACAGUUUACAGAUGAGCAAUAGUUCCACCCGCGGGUUGGAUAUACGACGGGACCUGGAGGUGGACUACACUGUCAACGGAACAUACGCCACCGACCUCUUUAACAGCGAAGCUGUUCGGAUAGUAAAAGACCACAAUCGGACGGAUCCACUGUUUUUGGUUCUCACUCAUCUGGCCCCACAUGCCGGAAAUGAGGAUGAUCCUUUGCAAGCCCCCGAAGAGGAUGUUCAGCGAUUUUCAUACAUCAAAAACGAAAAUCGACGUGUAUUGGCUGCCAUGAUCUCCAGGAUGGAUAAAGGAAUCGGUGAAGUUGUGCGCGCACUCAAACAACGCGAGAUGCUAGAUAAUAGCAUCAUUUUAUUUUUCUCAGACAAUGGAGCUCCGAGCGUGGGUACUCAUGCCAAUUCUGGAUCAAAUUUCCCGCUACGCGGCCAAAAAUACAGUCCUUGGGAGGGCGCAGUCCGUACUCCGGCUAUAAUUUGGAGUCCUCUGCUGGGAACGGAAGGCCGAAUUUCGAAUCAAUGGUUUCACACCAGUGAUUGGCUUCCGACGCUUGCUCGAGUCGCACAGAUCAAAAAUAUUCCCCGUGGCAGUGCGAUUGACGGGGUUGAUCAGUGGCGCACCCUACUAGAUCCAACACGAAACGUGCGGAGCGUGGUGUUGAACAACAUCGACAGAAUACACCACUACAGUAGUUUUAUCAAAGAUGGUUGGAAGUACGUUAAUGGUUCUUCUUGGGAUGGAAAGUACGAUUAUUGGUUGGGUAUGAUCGGUACCGAGGAUUCCAUCAGCGAAGAGGAAUACUGGGCUAGGGUAGCGAAUUCAACGGUUGCAACAGUUUUAUUGCUGGAUGUGGAACCGCUUAAAGAGCUUCGUCAAAAUGCGUCGAUUAGCUGUGAAGCUCAUCCCAGCGAUAUUCCUUGUGACCCGCUUAAAGCACCUUGCAUUUUUAAUCUUAUUGAAGAUCCAUGCGAAAGAAAUAACACUGCUGUGGACCAUCCAGACAUUGUGCAAAAACUAGGUCAAGAGGUGCAGCAGUACUUCACAACGGCAGUGGAACCGAGAAACAAACCUAGUGAUCCACGGUCCGAUCCUCUUUACUAUAAUGUCACUUGGACCUGGUGGCAGGAUGAACCAAGCAGUUCUUCUGGUGUGGCGGUACCGGUUGCUAUCUUUGUAGUUGCCGCUAUUACUGUAGGUCUGCUGGUGGCCUACGUCAAACGCAAAUUGUGCCCUGUGAAGGAAAGUUGAAGAUCUUGAAUAGUGAAUGUGUUUAUUUUAGAAUAUUUCUUGUGCCCUAAAUUUACUGCCGAUAUGAAAACAAACUUCCUUUCAAGGUGUUGUGCUGGAGGUUAAAUUCUAUGCUAGAGACUGAUUUUUUGAACUGCAAAACCAUGUUUUAAAUUCUUAUUUGGCAACUGUAAACGUGUUUAAUUUUUUUUUUUUUUUCAAAACAAGUGUAGAUUCUAGUUAAUAAAUAAUCGUUAGUUCGUAUCCCGAGAACAGUCACAACACAAUCACAUUCUUGUAUUGCAAAUCAAGUCAAACCUAGAGGCUUCUGUCACGGGUAACAGCAAAUCGCUCGAAAAGGUGACUAGAAGCAUAAAAACAAACAGCGACAGACAGGUUGUGCAGGUUGUGUUGCAUGUUCUGUUCAGUAUUUCGAUAUAGGUUACAAAGUAUGGUUGCCACAAAAAUGACGAAAUGAACUUGACCUUGCCGUAUAUUAACCAUUUAAUCAAUACUAUAG